AUGACUCAAGAGACCAUUCAAGGCUGGACCGACGAUGCAAUUCGCCCACCCAAUGCCAAUUCCACCGUUGGCUGGGCUGGGGUGCCCUUAUCCCAGACUCUGGGUUACUAUGGUCAUAUCAAACGGGCCACGCUUCCAACAAAUAGCCGACUUGGCUUCACUCCAGACUAUGCCUCUGUGAAUGUCGCCGCGAUUGCAGAGUCUUUUGUAAAUUCCUUUGCAAAAGUCAUUGAAUCGCAGGAUGUGGACGCCAUCGUCGACUUUAUCUACAGAGACGGAUACUGGAAGGAUGUCGAGUUGUUAACAUGGGACAUUCGGUCCCUCCACGGACACGAUCUCAUUCGGCCCAUGCUCAAAGUGCGACUCCCGAAGACUGAAAUCAAGAACAUCAAACUCAAUGACCAGAUUCCUCCGUCCUUGGAGACUCUGGGCGACGAUCUCUCCUUCAUAAUUAUCCACCUAGAGUUCGACUUUUUACAUGGCACUGGGGUCGGGGUUAUGCGCCUUAGCCCGUUCAUGGCCAAGACGGGCUCAGCUGCUGAGCUGGCAGACGUCGAUUCUUGGAAGAUAUACACCAUCGGCACUGCCUUGGAAACAGUUCAAGGCUGGGACGCUGAGAGUGGCGAUAAGAUGCGCUACCAACAUGCCAAGGUCCACGAUCCUCUGGGCCAAGGUCGCGCCUAUGAGGAAAUCAGACAGGAUGAGCUUCAAGGCAACGAAGGAUUCGAUCCCACAGUCGUCAUAGUUGGAGCUGGACACACCGGGCUGGCCAUGGCUGCGCGAUGCAAGGUUCUCGGCAUUCCACAUCUCAUCAUCGAAAAGGAGGAUCGCGCCGGAUACAGCUGGGCAAGUCGCUAUGCCACUCUGUCUCUCCAUGGCCCGACCUUUACCAACCAUCUGCCCUGCCUUCCUUUUCCGCACUGGUUUCCUGUCUUUAUGCCUGCGCCCCAGCUGGCAAGAUUCCUACAGAGCUAUGCCGACAUCAUGGACCUGAAUAUCUGGACCAAAUCUGAGAUCGAUGGUAGAAACGCCGUUUAUGACGAGGAGCAGGGAAGGUGGACUGUCUCUGUUACACGGGAAGAUGGCACGAAACGUGUGCUUCACCCUCGUCAUUUGAUGAUUGCCACAGGCAUAUCUGGAACCUUACCGAGCAUUCCCAAGGUUCCAGGCAUGGCUGAGUUCGAGAAGAACGGCGGUCUCGUUGUCCAUUCUUCACGUCAUCGCACAGGACCAGACUGGAAAGGCAAGAAAUGCAUCGUCGUAGGCGCCGCAACCUCUGCACACGACAUUUCGUACGAGCUGAGCGAGAAGGGCUGCGAAGUGACCAUGAUCCAGCGAAGCGCAACGCACGUCAUGUCCGUGGAGAAGAGCGUCCGACACUUCUUCCGAAGCCGUGAGCUCACGAAUCGAAGGGGCGGCUUGCCCGUAGAACUCUUGGACCAGACGAACUUUCUGCGACAUCCAUUCCCGGUUGAGUACGAGCUAUUGCCUCGUGGACAAACCAAGGCUCGAGAACUGGAUCGCGAUCUACUCGAGUCUCUAAAGAAGGUCGGGUAUCGUCUCCAUGAUGGAUAUCACGGCGGUGGCGCGUAUUCCAUGUUCCUAUUCGACCAGGGAGGGUUUUAUUGGGACACUGGUUGUUGUCAACUGAUUGCAGACAAAACAGUUCGUCUGGUGCACUCAGAGAUUGACCGGUUCACCAAGGAUGGUGUUGUUUACAAAGACAGCACAAGCCAAGAAGCCGAUGUGGUCAUCUUUGCAACAGGCUACAUGAACUCCAAGGGUGCCAUCCAGGCUCUUAUGGGCGAUGAGAUGGCCAAGAAAUGCCAUGAGCGAUGGGAGAAGGGAAACGCCUUCUUCCUCGGGCCUGAGGGCGAAUCCAUCAUCAACUACUGUCCGCUCCCUCAGAAAGGUUUGUAUUCCAUGUUCCAUCAGUUCUCAUUCACGCGGUUCCAGUCAGCCCGCCUUGCUCUUCGCAUCAAGGCCGAGGAGCUGGGGAUUGACGUGACUCCGUAUGGAAGCAAACCUCUUGGGCCUCCGAGCACAGCGGCUGGGCGUCAGCCUCAACCAAACGGGACGGUGUGA